AUGGCAGACCUAAAAUUCUCAGAAAAUCACAAUAUUGCAGCAUUUCUGACAGAUCCUCCAGCAGCACAUCAAGAAUCUAGAUUUAAUAAAGCAAUUUUGGGACAAAGCCUUUGUCAAAAAAAUGGAGCAAAUGGGGAGGGCACGGUGGAAUCUUCAAUUCAAUUCAAGGAAAUCAUUAUGUCCGAACAGAUUAUCCGAGAUGUACUUCAAAUUAAGGAUCAACCUGGUCUUCCAAAUGAAAUUUAUGUAGAUCAAAUCAAGAAGAUCCUCAAUAGGAUAGGCGAUGAAGGAGUCUUCCUCCUACAAUUAAAAAAGAUGCUACCUCCAUAUUGGCAUUUCCUUUCCCAAUCCUUUGUCAUAUGCAUUUCUGGCAGGAAAGCUGGUCCAGAUGAAAUUUCUUUGUUGAAUACCGACACCAUCUCUGCAUUAUUCAUGGAUCUUGAUUUCAAUUUUUCAAGACUUGUAUUGAAUGAAAUGAAGAAUAAUUUACAAGGGAAGAGAAAGGGAAAAAAUUUAAUGUACCCGAGGUUCCUACAGAUGAUCAUCAAUGCCAAAUAUCCUAAACUAAAAGGAAGAGGAGAAACCUUGGAUCUAAAGAACAAAACCCUUAGAAAUUUUGGCUGUUUUGCCGAGAUUGAUGAGGAUUCAAAAUUAGAUAAAGACUCGAAUGAAGAAGAUGAAGAAGUUACAGUUUCUGAUCAUGAUGAUGAUGCUUCUCCUCCUGUAGCAAUUAUUGCAGAGGAGCAUGUUCCAUUGAUCAAUGUUAAUGAUGAAAAUGAUGAUAAUGAUGAUAAUGAUGAUGAUGAUGAUGAUGAUGAUGAUGAUGAUGGGAUAAAUCUAGAAGAUAAUUCUCUAGGUCUUGAUGAUGAUUGGGAUGAUGAUGAAGUUGAAAUGGAUCAAGGAGAUGUUACUCCAGCCAUUACGCCAUCAGAAACUGAUCUUCAUGAGACACAAGCCUCCCAGCCUCUACUUAAAAGGAAAAGACUCGAUCCAAGGCCGGGAGUGCUUAUCAGGGAACAAGCUCAAGAUAUUCAACAGUCUGUUGUUGUCGAUACUCCAACCCAACCAAUCUAUUUUGACAGCCAUUCAAUGCAUGAGGAGCCCAUCACUGUUCGCUCAUCUUUUGAAGUCGGGAGUUCUUUAGCUCCUGGUGGCUCAUCACCUCCCCAACCUGCGCACGAUGCUGCCUCGGAGAGGCUUUCCGGGUUCUUAGUUCAACAGGAUAUUGGCCCUGCACCCCGAGGCAAAGGGAUAUCUAUUGGUGCAGGGAGUUCCGAGGGAGUAGAUCCAUUAAUUUCUGAGCUCAAAGCCAAGAUUGGAUGUAACACUCCAAUUUCUGUCAGUUCCGAACUUCGAUUUGAUGCAGAGGGCAAGGCCCUGAAGAUCAUUAAGAAAGAUGUUUUGAUAGGAAAUCUAGAUGUUAGAGUUUUUGAUCUUGAAAAGGAAAACCUUGAAACAUCACUGCAAAUUUCAGCUCUGCAGCUCAAUCACGACGCUCUCUCUGCUGGAUACUUCGAUCUGAAGAACAAGCUGAUAAGUGAAUUUGACGACAAAUUCAAAACAUCCAGCGGAGAGACAAGUGUGGUUAAGACAUUGUAA